UGAGCCUGGGGUCUGUCACUAUGGAUCUAUGCUUGACUGCUGCUAUGGCUGGAAAAGAAAUAACAAACAGCGCUGCGAAGCUACCUGUGUACAUGGAUGCCAGUAUGGUGAAUGUGUGUUGCCAGACAAGUGUAAAUGUUUCCCUGGAUACACAGGGAAAACCUGCAACCAAGAUAUCAAUGAAUGUGGAUUAAAACCACAUAUUUGUGAACACAGAUGCAUGAACACACAUGGAAGCUACAAAUGCUACUGUUUAAAUGGGUACAUGCUCAUGCCAGAUGGCACCUGUGCAAAUUCCAGGACAUGCACCAUGGCAAAUUGCCAAUAUGGUUGUGAAGAAGUGAAAGAUGAUGUGCAAUGCUUGUGUCCGUCAAGUGGACUUCAGUUAGCACCAAAUGGAAAAACCUGCAUAGAUAUUGAUGAAUGUGCCACUGGCAGAGCAGUUUGCUCUUUCAAUCGAAGAUGUGUCAACACCUUUGGAAGUUUUUAUUGCAAAUGCCAGAUUGGAUAUGAACUGAAACAUCUGAAUGGCAGAUAUGAUUGUGUAGAUAUAGAUGAAUGUAUAGCAAGUAUGCCAAAAUGUAACUUACAUGCAGAAUGCCUGAAUAGUCAAGGAUCCUUCAAGUGUAAAUGUAAACCAGGCUACAGAGGCAAUGGUUUUGAAUGUUCAGUUGCUCAUGAAAAUUCAGUGAAAGCAAUUCCCAGAAUCUCUGGAGUUACUAAAGAGAAGCUCAAGAAACUGCUUCUUCACAAGAAGAGUGAAAAAAAGCAUGAGGACAUAAAAAAUGCAAUCCCAGCAUCUAAAGCUCAUGUGAGGCCAUUAGACUAUGAGGGUGGCUUGUAUCCAGAGAGUGCCUUCAGUGAACAGGGGAAAAGCACUGAAGAUGUCAGAAGAGACAGAAAAACAGUAGAGAAAGAAGGUGUGGAAGAAAAAGGAGAAAGAGAACACCUUGAAAACCAGACCGCCCAUGAGAAGAAACUCAGGGGAGAUGUAUUUUUUGUAGACUGCAGCUUUGGUCGAGGUUCUUGUGCUUGGCAACAAGAUACAGAUGACGACUUUGACUGGAAUCCUGCAGAUCAUGAAUUUGGUGAUGGAUAUUACAUGACAGUUCCAGCCUUCAUGGGAUACAAGAAAGAUGUUGGGCGGAUAAAACUUCUUCUUACCCAUCUGGAGCCAAAGAGCAUUUAUUGUUUGAUUUUUAGUUAUCGGCUUGCAGGAGAAAGGGUAGGGAAACUACAAGUAUCCCUAGGUAAUACUACCAGGAGUCCUUCCUGGGAACAGAAUAUGGGAAAUGAUGAACGAUGGAGGACUGGACAGGUUGAAGUGCGCACAGGGGCUGAAACAGCUAUGAAUAUCACUUUUGAGGCAGAACGUGGUAAAGGUAAAACUGGAGAAAUCGGAAUUGAUACCGUUCUACUGUUUUCUAAUUUAUGUUCUGAAGACCAGUUAACAUUGGAUAUCUGAACAGAUUAUUUCUCUUAUAUUAUUUGUUGUAUUCAUACAGAGAUUUUGUACUGCCAUAGCCUAGAUAAAAUGUAGAUCUGGGAAUUGCAUCUUGAACUGUGAUGUAGAUUUAAAAAAAAAACCCUGAUAGAUUUAAAUGUCUUUUGUUAGAUUGUUUGUACCUAAACAUACUACAUUUUCUUUUACCUGUAACUAUACUAUAUAAUUUGUAGUCAUGUUAUACAAAAAAUGGUCUAGUGCUUUUGCAUAAAAUCCCUUUAAGGCACAUUUCUACUUUACUUGAAUAUUCCCUGAGUUUUCCUUUAGUAUUGUGAUGUUUUAGAACAGCGUGAACACUGUAAGACCUCUAGUCAGGUACAUCUUGAUGCCUAUUUUGUGGCCCUGGACCCUUUUUUUUUUUAACAUAGCUGCUGAAACGUGAUGGCAUGGUUUCCUGACAUUCUGAAGAGCAAAACACACAAAACAUAGUGAAAGUUCUAAAACAGAUUUAUUAUAAUUAAAAAAACAAACACAAGGACCUCACCUUCAAACAAAGUCUUGGCCCUGCUUAUGCAUGUGUGGGUCCGUCACAUGUCCCUGCUCAUUUUGCAAAUGUGUUUUGCGUAGCGUGGCCGUCCCAAAGAACAUUAAGCAUGGGCCACAUCCAUUCAAAGCAUACCUACUGCUGUCUUAGAGGUUGAGCCAAUUUAUGGCCACUAAAAUUGGCCUUACACUCUGGAUGUUUAUUGGAGUUACCGUCACUUACUGUAAUAAAUAUGUAAGGUACACAAGAUACUUACAUCUCUCAAAACAUUUAGAAAUUCAUGGUUCAGGCACUUCAUAUUUUUACUGACACAGGUAUCAGUAUACAUAUAUACUUGCAUAUAAGCCCAUCUGUGGAUAAGCCGACCCUAAGAUUUUUAACCAAAACACCAUGAAAAAUGUGCCACCUGCAGAUAAGCCAACUGCAUUUGUCAUGAUAUUUUGGUUAAAAGAGUGUAAUAACUUUGAAAUACAUAUAUACUCACAGAUACGCCUAUCCACAGAGAAGCUGAACUUGAUUUUUGGGGUGAAUUUUGGCACCUAAAUUUCUCGGUUUCUCCGUGAGUAUAUACGGUGCUUGUUGUGUUAAUAAAUGGGGACAUUAUGCUUAAAAGAUAAUAAUGUUAGUCGGCCACUACUUUUCUGCUACAAAUGUUAAGCUCAUUGCUUUUAAUGGUGUUUUUCCAAAAUCUGCAAGUAGUGUGCCCGUUUUUUUUUGUAAAUUCAUAUACAACUAUAAAAUGCCACGUGUGUGUGCGUGUGUGUGCGUGUGUACAUUUCCCUAUUGUAAAU